AUGGCGAUGCGGUUCAUGAAGGUGGAAGUUAAUAAUGGAUCAUCGACAUAUUUCUGGUUUGAUCAAUGGUCUCCUCUUGGUAGACUGAUUGACGCAACUAAUGGGAGUGGAAUGAUAAAUAUGGGCACCAAGCUUAACGACACAUUAGAGAAGGUUCUGAAAUAUCACCGCUUUCGAAGACACCAACAAGAAAUCUUCAAUACCAUUGAAAGAGAUAUCACUACUCUGCGUCUGCGAGGACUGAGUCAAACAGAGGAUGUCCGAUUGUGGAAAGCAGGGGAGAGUAACUACAGAGCAGAGUUUAGUUCCAAAGCAACAUGGAAGCUUCUCCGUGUUGAGCAAGCAAAGGUCGACUGGCACAAAGGAAUCUGGUUCCCCUACAGCACUCCUCGUUAUUCAUUUAUGGCUUGGAUUGCGGUUCAGAACAGACUCCCCACAGGAGAGAGGUUAUUAGCCUGGAAUACGGCUGCGCAAGCUGCCUGCAGUCUCUGUCCCGAUCCGCUUGAGACUCGUAAUCACCUGUUCUACAAGUGCAAAUUCUCAGAAGAAGUUUGGAAAAAUCUCACGCUUAAGCUAUUGGCUUUGCACUAUACAAACGACUGGGAAGAGAUCAUCCGGGUCUUAACAGAUCGGACCUUGAACUCUACUCGCUUGUUUCUGCUCAGAUACGUUUUCCAGGCGACACUUGCUUCUAUAUGGAAAGAAAGAAAUGGGAGAAGGCAUGGUGAAAACUUAAACAACCCUGCAACUCUGAUCAACAGCGUGGACAAAGCCAUGAAAAAAUCGCAUAUCCAGCCUGCGGCUCAUGGGAGUCACGAAGCACACCAAGGCCAUGGAUUCAUGGUUCUCGGUUAG